AAUAAUCAUUUAACCGCUUUGUAGUUUACUUGCAUUGAUUCUAGACAUUGUUUUCACGUGAGAUGUUGAACAGUACAGCAGCAUGAGUGGGCUCUCUGUGGUUCCCCAGCGUGCUGUGUUUUAUUGGACGGUCCCUCCAGUCGUUACUAGGGGCGUGGGACCAAGCGAGCUGAAUGGGAAACACAUUUGUGCUCCUCUCCGUUUUAUUAACCUGUGGAGAGGCGAUGACAAGCGAAAACAGUUCUCUGCGUAAAUUAAUUGCCGAGGGGACGACAGGCAAAGUAAAAUUCCCUGUGUCUUAAAGCGGCCCGACUGGUCUUUAACUACACGCCGUGCAUACAGCAACCACGGGAGAGACUCGGCAUCGUUCACUGCAACCGAAGAGAUGGAUGCAAGGACUUGAAAGAGGAGACAAAUACAACGUAUUCUUUAUUUUUCACUCGUUAAUAUGGAGUCUGUGUUCAGUUAGCAAAGGCAGAGUUGAACCUGAAUUUGUUUGCGGUCGUUCGGGUGGCUUUUAUACGUGGAAAUGGGGAUAAUGGGCAGAUAGGGCGUUUUAAAGUCCACCUUUUGCCGUGGACAAUCGGCUAACGUUAGCGAAGGCUUUCUGAUACUGGACCUGGCGGGUCUGUCUGUGUCGUGUACAGCUAGCCUGUCUGUAGCCGAGGUUAUUUUUCUCGUUUUUCCUCGCUUUCUGAACUAAGCUCUUGAAAUCGGUUGAAAUCUCAUCUAUGCCAUCUAUCCCAGUGUCGCUAGAGGCCUCUGCUGGCAAACUGCGUCACCGAGUGGGCGCUGCAGGUAUUCAUCUCUACAUCUGCAGGUUGAAAGUCUAGCCAUGGCACGAAUGACCUGGAAACCCAAGUGACUGAACUUUUAGAUCACCAUGGAGCCGGAGGCCAAUUCAAGCUCCGAGGCCCACCAAGAACUGAAAUAUCCAUCUUUACCCAACUCUAAGUGUGAACUGGGCCUAAAUAUGUAUGAGGCCAUAGGUGAUGGAAAUGUCAAUCUUGUUGACUCAGUAGUGAGGGGUGGGAGUGACCCCAGUACGUAUCCUUCAUCCAGUUAUCAGAAGAUUGUGCAUCAGCGAUUCAUCAGGAGAAGUCUGUGGUUCUCUGACACAGAUGAACAGGCGUUUGAAGCACCUGAGUGCGAUAACAGGAGUAAGAUCCUAAAUAUAAACCUGCGAACUAUAGUGGACAGGACGCGGGGGACCAGUUGCGGGAUACAGGAAGGUUCCAGCACAGAAAGUCAAGGUGGGCAAAAAGACGCCAGUGCCGAUGAGGAGAAGGAGAAAGGUGGAGAUGCGUUGAAUCUUGCAUACAGUGAUGCUGGUAAAACCGCUAUCAAGGCAGCCAGUGAGGAGAACGAGGAGGAGGCAGAGAUGAAAGCAGUCUCCACAUCUCCAGGAGGAAGAUUCCUCAAAUUUGACAUAGAGCUGGGCAGAGGGUCCUUCAAGACGGUCUACAAAGGCCUGGAUACUGAGACCUGGGUGGAAGUUGCCUGGUGUGAGCUUCAGGAUCGCAAGCUGUCAAAAGUGGAACGUCAGCGCUUUAAGGAGGAGGCAGAGAUGUUGAAGGGUCUUCAACAUCCCAACAUUGUCCGUUUCUAUGACUUUUGGGAGUCACCCCUUAAAGGGAAGAAGUGCAUUGUUUUAGUAACAGAGCUCAUGACGUCAGGAACACUAAAAACUUACCUAAAGCGUUUCAAGGUAAUGAAGCCAAAAGUGCUGAGGAGCUGGUGCAGACAGAUCCUGAAAGGUCUUCACUUCCUCCACACCAGGACCCCUCCCAUCAUCCAUAGGGACCUCAAAUGUGAUAACAUAUUUAUCACUGGACCUACUGGCUCGGUCAAGAUAGGGGAUUUAGGACUGGCAACGCUCAAGGCGGCUUCUUUUGCUAAGAGCGUUAUAGGCACUCCAGAGUUCAUGGCUCCAGAGAUGUAUGAGGAACACUAUGAUGAGGCUGUGGAUGUCUACGCCUUUGGCAUGUGUAUGCUAGAGAUGGCCACCUCAGAAUACCCCUACUCAGAGUGUCAGAAUGCUGCUCAGAUAUACCGCAAAGUCACUAGUGGAGUGAAGCCAGCCAGCUACAACAAGGUCGUGGAUCCUGAAAUCAAGGAGAUUAUUGGGGAGUGCAUCUGCCAAAAGAAAGAGGAGCGGUACACCAUCAAGGACCUGUUGAACCAUGCUUUCUUUGCUGAGGACACAGGUGUAAGGGUUGAACUAGCUGAGGAGGAUGAUGGGAAGAAGCCCUCAAUAGCCCUGAAACUGUGGGUGGAGGACCACAAGAAGUUAAAAGGGAAGUAUAAGGAGAGUGGAGCCAUCGAGUUCACGUUUGACCUGGAAAAGGAGAUCCCAGAGAAUGUGGCACAAGAGAUGGUUGAGUCUGGCUUCUUCCAUGAGAGUGAUGCUAAGACUGUGGGAAAGUCGAUCAGGGACCGUGUGGCACUGAUCAAAUGGAGAAGAGAGAGAACAGUGUCUGCUGCACUUGCAGAGGAUCAUGGUGAAGGGGGACACCGGGUCCAGAUGACACCAUCUCAGGGCAUCUCUGCUGGUGUGGUGCGUGCAGGACAGCCUUUGCUGGAACCAGAAGAGCCAGAGGCAGACCAGCACAACAGGCUGCGUAACCUACCAGCAAGUGCCACUUCAGUGACAUCAGACGGCACACUUGACAGUGGCAUGGGGUCCACUGUGUACUCAGACUCCCACAGCAGCCAGCAGAGUGUCCUCUACCAGUCCCUGUUGGAGCCUAUUACUAUGGCAACACAGCAGUGCCAGAGCAGUAGCCCUUCUCUGACAGAUCGACCUCACUCCUGUGAAAAGGGUGAAGUAUGGGGAGCAACACUGAGCCCAGAUCUCAUGACUCGAUUGGGAGCUGCAGACCGGAGAGGAAGUGCCCCUGUUAUUGACACUCACAGGGCAAACCACAUUGCUCAACGCCAUGCCCUCCUUCAGUCUCAGAGAUCAGUCAGUCCCAACCCCACAGUGCCAGAGAAUCAGACGGAACUCAGCCCCUCUGAGCUUUACUCAGAGGCUAAGCAUGGGGCUCCCCUGCACAGUGCUUUGCCAAUGCUGCUGGUCACCCCUGCAUCUUCACCUUCUGAGUACCGCCGCUUUAGUGACACCGGCAUCACACAGUCAUCAGAGGCCACCAGUGAAAACUUAACACUGCCUGCGCCAAGUGGACGCAGACACUCUGACCUUAGUAGUCUUCUGAGUCUGACCUCUCAUCAUAACCACCAUUUAAUGCAUAGAAGCCACGUGUGCCAGGCUUGCCUUUCUACGCUUCUUCUAAGGUCACGGGAAGCAAGCCUCUGCUGUCCUCCUGUUGUCAUGCCAACACACCACUGUCCAUGUGACUUGAGACACCACCCAUGCUCUGGUGGAACAAUGACUACCCCUGGUUAUGGACGGCUGAAAGGUUCAAGUGAUUGUUCCGAUUUCUCACUGUUUCAGCAGUCCUUGUUCAAUAUAAUCAGCCGCAAAGCAGCCCCUUGUCACACCACACCCACCCAAGCCUCCCUGCUGCACUCCUCAGCUAACCGCAGGCCUACCUGCAGUGAUGAAGACAGCAGUGUGAAGAGUCAUCUCCUGAGUGUCAGUUUGGUUGGGGACCAGGAACCCUUCCAGGACUAUGUGGAUAGACUAUGUACUGAAGAACAGCAAGUUACCAGGGCUGUGGGAGUGGCCAGUUCGGCAGGACACCAGAAUCAGCCAUCUGUCCAGGGCCUGCCUUCUUCCAGCACAGCAGUCCACACACCCCUGCAGUACCUCCAGCCUGGACACAGCUACCCUGCUACUCCAUAUGCUGGCCAACACAAUGCUGGAACACCAGCUCCAGCCACUCUAUGUUCAGUAAACAUCCAGCAUACAGUCAGUGCUGCUAGCUUCACACAUCCAAGUGUGCAACAGACCCAAGCUGCAUCAGGAUAUCCUACUCCAGUUCACCAACACAUUGCAGCAGCAGCAACCACCCUGCCAGCACAGCAGUCAGCACAAAACUACCCUCUUGCAUCUGUAGCCCCAACUAUGGCAGCCACAACCCAGUGUCAUCCUGCACAAGCUCCCAGCGCGCUGCAACAGGUCCAAGGCGCAGUCAGACCUCCAAGUCAGCAGCCUGGUCAGAGCUCCUCUACACCAGCACUUUACAGCCAACAGAUACCUGUUCAGCAAGAGCACCAACAGCCCUUACUGCAAAACACUCAGUCCAAUAUACAACUAAUACAACAUGCUGGGCAGGCUUAUAUUCAGCCUCAACUCCAACAUAGCCAAGACAUUCAGCAUGCCAUACAACAACAAAUGGCACAACAGCCUACCCACCAGUCUCCUGGUCAGCAGCAAGUACAUACCCCAACACUACAGAAGCACAGUCAAAAAACCAUGCAGACAGCAGUUCCACAACAGAGCCAGGAUGUAUACCAGUCUACAGUCCAACCGGUUCAGACCCCAGCUCCUCAACCUCAUCCCACACCAACCCCACUUGAGCAAGUUGCAGCCACACACCAGAGUUACCCUGCUGCAGGUCUACCUGAUGCUGAAAGCUAUGCACGUUCUGCCCUCAAUGCACUACAGCAACAGACUGCUUCAGCUCAGAGCCAUUACCUGCCUGCACAGUCUACUUCUGCUAUUCCACAGAGCUAUGGAGGUAACCAGAUAGUGACUCCUCAGAGCCUUCAAGCCUCUACCCAGCAUAGUCAGGCUACACAUCUUACCCAACAGUUUCAACCCUAUCUUUGCGUCGCUGCUUUCCCGAAUCAGAAUAUUCCUGCCGGUCAGAGCAUUUCACAGCUUGGACAAGAUGGACAGGGCCAUGGGCAGAAUCUCAGCCAGUCAGCUUCUGGUGUGCCAGUCCAGGCACUUCCUCCUCAACAGUCAAUGGCUCCGGCUGCUGUCCAGCAACAACUCCAACCUCGGCAGAUGUCAUACUCUCUACCACCAACACAUCCAUCCCAGUAUCCCACAGUCCAGGUGAUGACAGCUGUGACUGACUGUGAAUCCUCAUACCCUCACUCCUGCACUGCCCCUCACCCUUCAACCUCUUCUUCUCUUAAUCCCAUCUUCCUUUCUCCUGGACAGACUCUCCCUGUGACCCCCUCUGUGUCCCCCCUUUCUCCUCUGCACAUUGAAAACGCGUUACUUUCCCCCAUUCCAGUGUCUCUCCUACCGUCCCCCUCACCCGUACUGGGUAAGGUGGGACCCACAUCCCCACAGCACCAGCCCACUGCUGCUCUGCAGCAAAGUGUUAGAUCUGAAGCUUCUCAUUUACAGCCUGCAUUUAUAUCAGGACUAACCAGCACCCACCCCAUACACACACACACUGCCCUGUCCCAGAACACACACCCUCCCACAAAUGGCAGCACUCAGCCUCUCAGACAGCAGGCCCAGGUCAGCCGUCCUGAGCUUGUCUCCUCUGCUCAGCUCACCCAACCUGUAGUAUUCUCCUCACCUGUGCAGAAUGGUUUAGACUUGGGCACAGACCCCACUGCUGCCCAGCUGGACAACAGGAAUCCAUGCCAGCUGCAGAUCCAGUCCCAGAGUCAGCUUCAGAGCCAGAUUCCUGUGCUGCAGCCCUUUGACUCUCAGAGAGCAUCAUCUGGGUCUACCAGUUCUAGUCUGACUCAGCAGAAACAGCUCAGUACUCUCACAGGAGCUGCAGGUCAGGGUCUAACAGACACCAACACGGAGGAUCAAGCCACAGAGAAACACACUGGAGGACAGAGCUGUGACAGUGUCAAUUCUGAUGCCACGUCAGGGAAAGAGAUGAGUGAUGGUUACGAGGGGACACAUGGAGGUAAAGGCGAAGGAAAAGUCCGCAAACAUCGCAGGUCCACACGCACUCGUUCUCGGCAAGAGAAGAUCAACAGGCCAAAGCUUAGUAUGCUCAAUGUGUGUAACACUGGUGAUAAGAUGGUAGAGUGUCAGUUGGAAACUCAUAACCAUAAAAUGGUCACUUUCAAGUUUGACCUGGAUGGAGAUGCACCGGAAGAGAUUGCUACAUACAUGGUGGAGAAUGAUUUCAUUCUGCCUUUAGAAAAGGAAGUGUUCAUCGAGCAACUGAAGGACAUUGUGGACAAGGCUGAGGACAUGCUGAGUGAGGACACAGAGGGUGAGAGAAACUCUGACCAGGGAGGCAGUCCCAAACAGAGUGAAGGAGCUGGCAUACUGGGAACCGAGGGAUGGAAAGCUUCCACACCCAGCACCCCACAGCUGGUGUACCAGCAAAAUGUCCUACACACUGGCAAGCGUUGGUUUAUCAUCUGCCCUGUAGCUGAGACACCAAUGUUAGACAAAGAGAAGACUACAUCUCACACCUCGACAGCACAGGAACCUGAAAAAUCUGCCUCAUCAUCAGUCAGGUCCGACAGCAAUACAACUGCAGUGACUACCCCAGUCGCAUCUUUAUCCUCCCACAGUCCAUCCUCCUCCUCUCUGCCCCCUGCAGCUCAGACCUCAGUGCAACAACAAGACCAAAAUAUUGACAAAGCCCGAAUCCAGCAGCCCCAGCCGUGUCUAACUAAACAUGCCCUUGCUGCUGCUUGUGUCAGCCAUCGCAACUCUCUUCCUGUGGAAGAGCCUUGCAUCUCUGCUGUCUCUAUGGUAACGGACAUGCCAUGCUGCCCUAUUGUGCCACCUGUCUCUCUGGAUGUGAAUGCUAUUGAUAAAGGAGCUGGUGGUGGUUUGGCCUCCUCUCAAACUAAUCCACAGAAUCAGAAGCUCAGUCCAACUGGAGAACAACCCCCUCAGCUUGCCUCCCAUCAGUCGGUGGUCCUGCAGCAACCCUAUGCCACACCCAUUCAGCCUGGUACAGUCACCUCCCAGCCCCAGAGUCCGGCACAUCAGCCCUCUCAGAACUCCCAGCCUUCAAGCCACCAGCAGCCAGUGAGUGGUGGGCCAGGAGAGUCGGACAGCGAGGGGCCACGCAGGGUGGAGUUUGUUGACCGCACCAUCAAGACUUUGGAUGAGAAGCUGCGAAACCUGUUGUACCAGGAGCAUUCUCCCUGCCAGCCCUCCAGCACUGCGUCUGACGCCCAGGCCUCCAGUACAGAGGGAGUCAUCUCACCUCCAGUCUCAGACGUCCAGAGCACUGAGGGAGCACUUUCAAAGAAGAAAGUGGAGCUACUGCCUCAGAUUCCUGAGCGCACAGAUAGUGUGGGUGCAUUAAGUGACUCUGCAGUGGCAGCCACAAGCAGGGUUUUGAACAGAAGAGAUGUGACCACCAGCUCCAGUUCAUACAGCAGCUCCAAAGGCCGUUUUCAAGUCAUUCCAACUCCACCAGAUGUAAUCUUUCGAUUAGAGAAAAGCAAGACGAGCUGCAGCACCUGCAGUUCUCCAGCUCCCUCUAGUGGUUCUGGAGGGUCACACAGUCAGACCCAGGGCCCAGGCAGGAAAGAGAAGGGUGGAGUGGCUGUGGACAGGUCCUCUGUGACCACUGCGGCUGAUAAUGACAAUGCAGGAACAUCCAAACCCCACAGCAGUAACCGUUACUCUGCCCCACCGGACUUCUACCAGGCCACCCCCACUUCCAGCCCGGAUCUCACCCCCCACCACAUCCCCCGGGCCCAGACCAUCGACACUCCAACCCAUCACCACUACCCCCACUCCUUUCACCUCUACUCUGACUCGGGAGAUGAGGACAGCAGUAGUGUGGCCCUUCCCCCAGCCCACCCAGCUCCCCCAGCUCAUGCCCUGUCUGAGCACAGUGGAAGCGACCUCAUGAAGAGGGCAGUGGCCUUCCUGCGGCGCUCCGGUCGGAGCAAAAGUGAGCAGAGCUCUGAUUCACCAAGCAGACAGCCCGUGGCAAUGAAUGGUCACGCUCCCUCAGCUUCUGCAGGACAUGCCCAGUCAUCCUACAUCAGCAGUGACAAUGACUCCGAGUUUGAGGAUGCAGAUAUGAGGAAAGAACUACAGAAACUGAGAGAAAAACACAUGAAGGAGAUCUCUGAGCUGCAGGCGUUCCAGAGGAAUGAGAUUGAGCGACUGUACAAGGAGCUGGGAAAAACAUUGCCCCCCAAUGUCGGACUACUUCACGCUGCACCCCCAAGUGGUCGAAGGCGCAGGGCCAGCAAACAUAAGCUGAAGGCUGGAAAACUACUCAAUCCGAUGGUGCAGCAGCUCAAAAACAAUCUUAACACUUCCAUAGAGAGGAAAGGUGAAAGUGCUGCCAGUUCAUCUGGCUCCCCUGCUAAAAGUUCAGUUCUGUCAGAUGGCUCUGCCCACUCCAGUGGCAGCUCCAGCUCUAGCAAUCAGCCCAGCACCGCCCCAGAGCAGGUCCACACCCAGCAACCCUGUUCCUUGAAAGGCUCUUUCUCCUCAGACAACAUCUACGCUGGACUACAUGGUGAUGGAACGGCCAACCAAGCUGGCACUGGUCAAGGGUCCACUCUGAAACGACUAUGUCUAGGCAAAGAGCGCAGUAGUAGGUCUUCUCUGAGCACCGCUACAGCGCAGAUGGCCUCCAGCCAGCCACAGCCGUCAUUCACAGCAGCCACACCCUCGCUGUCUCCUCAGCCAAUCCCACGGCUUGCUCAGGUCCAGACCAACAACAGCAACAACAAGAGAGGCACGUUCACCGACGACCUUCACAAACUGGUCGAUGACUGGACAAGGGAGACUGUUGCGGCAGCCAAUCAGCCGCGCCCCUCCCUGAAUCAGAUCAAACAGCAGAGACGCCAGCAGGACCUGGAGGGCAGGGCGCCACCCAUGGGAGCAGCUACACAUGAGAUGAAAUGCCAUGUUGGUCCCAGCAAGUUCAAGCUGCCUCUUACCUGCCCCCUGACUGCUGCUUUAGGCCCUGGUGUGCCAACAACCCUAACUCCUAGUCCCAACUCCUCAACAAAGCUCUCUCCUGGGUUCCUUUUGCCAGCAGGCUCCUAUGGUGGGAUGGUUCCUGGUCCUCUUUACCCUCAGCCGUGGCCUGGCAUGCCUAGUCCCGUAGGCUCCAUGGGUCCAGUAGGCCUGCUUGGUGCUGCAAGUAUGAUGCCCUAUGCCACAAUGGCAAACCCAGGCAUCAAAGCCUACCCUCUGGUAAUGCACGACCCUGAGAAUGGCCCCUGUCCAAAAACCACAAGGACUACUUAAAUUGUUAACAAAAAUGUGUAAGUGUGUAUAGGCAGGACAGUCCAACUCCGCUCUGUUUCACCAGAGCAACACAUGUACAUAAUCUGAUCUUGUAAAUAACAUGACGCAAGUGUUGGUAUUCUUUAUACAACACAUAUAUCUGUAGUCAGUUGAGUGAGUGAGUGAGAGUGUGUGUGUGUGUGUGUGUGUGUGUGUGUGUGUGUGUAUGUAUACUAUACAGUACAUGUUAAGUAUGUAUGCCUGAAUACCUAAUGCUUUUUGGCUUCGGUCUUGACUAAACUCAGCCAUACGAGACAUUUUGUCUGCGGUCACGAAAACAUAUUUCACUUUAUUCUUUUAUCACUUCAGCUGUCACAAGGAUUUAGCCUUUCUGUGUUACGUAGAUGUUAAACACUACAUUUGAAUCCUAAUACCAGUGGUUUGAGAUACAAUAACGGGACAGUAUUUAUGACAAAGAAGGAAUGUAGUGCCUUGAACAUUGAUUUAUGUUUAGUUUUUUCUUCUGUGAAGCAAAGCAUCUCUACAUCAAAGCAUUUCUGCAUCUAAGUUAUUUUAUUUGAUGGUAGCUUAAGUGCAGUCUCCUUUUUUAUUUUUUUAAUGCAUUGCGGACACUUUUUUUGGUUUACAUAUGAAUGCCCUUGUAGUACUGCACUAUAAACACAGUAUAUGCUCUUAUUUAAAUAAUAAAAUUAUGUUUUAACCCUUGUUUACUUUCCACCCCUGUGACAGAUGGAAUGCCAUAGUGGUGAGAUGUACCGUUGCCUUGCAGAAACAAAUGGUUAAUGUAAGACUGAUGAGAGAAGGGAAAAUAAAUAUUAAGCCAGCAGCCAAAAUCCACUCUUUCAGGUCAAAUGGUUCAGUUGGAUGCGGCCUCUUUUUUAUUUUUUUAUUUUUAUUUUUUUUGAUAGGACAACUGAUGCAUUGGACAGCACAGGAGUUGGCAGUGUUGUAGUCUUGUGCUCAGAGGAAAGGGUUCAGAGCCAUAUAUACUGUACGUAGUUCUUUCUACAGUAUAUGCCUCUGGUAGUGUUCUGAUCAGAAUGUAGCAAUUAAUAUGUGAAUUUUUGAGGCUUAAAAGUGCAAUUUAACCCCUCCACAAAGCUUUGAUCGUGGCCUUGCCACAAGCCUUAUCACAGAUGUGUGCAACAGGAGCAAGUGAAAAGUUGAACUAAGUUACAAAAUCACAAAACAACAGACGUUAAGUUACCAGGCGAAGUGUAAACAUUACAAACCACCAAGCUAAUACUCUGAAGUCACUACUGCUAAAUGUACUUUCAACUUGGCUGUCCUAUUACUCAGCAGACACUGUAAGAUGUUUUGUGCAAACACCAGUGAAAUCUGACGUUUUUAAAUGAUCUGAUGUUUAAAGCUUGAUUAUUAUUUUUUUUUUUUUUUAAUGCUGCUGCUAUUGUCUGAGGUGAUUCCACUGUACAGUAAUGGAUUCAAUUCACAUAAGAUGGUACUUAAAUUAAAGUCCUCAAAUUAACAAACAAGACAAAGCAGUGUUAUUGCCUUGUUGAAAUUUUGUUGUUGUGUUUAUUUCCAAGGUUGCUUGUGAUGGCAGCUUUUUUUGGUCAUUUUCUUUUCAAUAAUAUAUUGAAAAAUUCAAACGAUACUUGAUGUGGGAGAUUUGCACAAGAUAUAGUCUCCCUAAUGUCUAACCAAUGUUUAAAGAGUUUCCUACACUGUGUAUAUAGUAAGUUCCACCGCCUGUAAUUUUUUAUCACUGACAAGCAUGGCUGACUUUUCAUGUUGCACAACGCAAAGAUAAACAAUACAGCUACUGUGGUUAGAGAUGUCACAUCUCCACAACACAUUUGAAACGUUUCAGCACCCCAAUCCUGCCAAGCUGUGAACUGUACAGUUUUCUUGUAGUCUAUAUUUGUACGUUUUGUUUUGUUUGACUGUUUAGUGGUGGUGGUGGAGGGGUUGCUUUGAUGUAUAUUAUUCCAUCAAUUCGGUUUGAAUUGGACUUUUAUAGGAUACUAUGCAGAGUCUUCUGCUUUGGUGAAAUACUUCCAGUAGUAAGAGAUUUCUGUUCUCUGUCACUUGUAUCUGGUAUAUUUUGUUCCACCUCCCUCUGCUAACUGAUGGGGAGCAGAAGAUGGAGUAACUAUUUCUGGCUAACUCAUUUGGAUGCAGUGAUCAAAAGGGGAGAGCUGAAAUGCACAGAGAAGGAGCAGAUACUUCCUGCUCUGCCCAUCUCGCUUCUCUCUGGACAACAUUGCCACCUGGUUUAACUGUGUGGGAUUGCUUUUGCCUGCCAUUAAGUCCCACUGCAUUACCCCACCCUACCCUGCUGCACUCGAAUCACAGACUGUAUGUUGAGAGAGAAAUAAAUAUUAUUUUGUGCUUGA